UUCUGGACACCACCCAGACGAAUGAUUCCUCAUACAUCGAAUUAAAACCAUUUAUCUACAUCCCGGAGUGGCAGACCACCAUCCAAGCAAAAUGGGACAACGCUCCCCCAUCUUGUACUUACUGUAAGCAAUCGGGACAUACCAUCCGAGAUUGCCAGAUCAAGCUCAACUCGGCAAUGGGGAUCCGAACAUGCUAUUUGUACCGACAAGCUGGACACACCAAAACAGAUUGUCCGGUACGUUUCCAGGCAGCUCAAGGCCUUAAAAAUUGUUACACCUGCCACCAGGCUGGCCAUCUGAAAGCCAACUGCCCUCAGUCCAACAAGCAGGGAAGCCCUUUCCCGCAGAACGGGCCGAGUCAACCUUUUCCAAGGGUGAGAGUGAGGAAGUGUCUCAGUACACCUACCCCAACGCUCAAGACCCCAAUAUCAUCAUCUUGUCAGAUGGUGAGCCAGAAUCACUCCCAGCGCAGGUCAAUGAACUACGAACCGCUCAAAACAUAAAAAAAAUUCCACAUGCGAUUCGGACGCCCUGGUGCCGGACCCUUCAGCACAAGAUACCA